UCCUGGUGUCUUCUUGGUAACAAAACUCUUCCGUCCAAUCUUUGUUGCUGACACGCAAACAAUAUCCAGAGGACGUCCGAGGUAGCGCGUGCUCUUGGUUAAUCUGCAAACUCUUGUCCACUUGCCUCGUGGCCGCAUAGAGCCAGUUCCAGCAGGCGUCGCACGCAUAUUGACUGGCCAGCGCCCUUGCCUGCAUCAUGGCUGUAGACGCGUCUCAAGAUGCCGCGUCGCUGCCAUACCACGAGCCAGGCAUCGUUGUCAUUCUAGUCCUCGCGUCUUUUCUUCUUCUCCUCAAUGUCGUCAAUGCUGCCCUUGAUCGAGUGCUUUACUGCGGUCUACUAGGCCAGGUGUUGGUCGGCAUCGCAUGGGGCACUCCAGGUGCGAAAUGGCUGUCUGAGAGCUUAGAAGAGACGGUUGUGCAAUUAGGCUAUCUUGGACUGAUUCUGCUUGUCUAUGAAGGUGGUCUUUCUACUUCAUUCCAGUCUCUCAAAGCGAAUCUACUUCUCUCUUCUGGCGUCGCUCUUACUGGAAUCGUAAUUCCCAUCGCUCUCUCCUACACUCUACAAGGUCUGUUAGAUGCUAGCCCUGUACAGGCCUUUGCUGCUGGUGCAGCACUGUGUUCCACCAGUUUGGGCACAACCUUUACGGUUCUCGGCUCAAGUGGCUUGUCUACCACUCGUCUAGGCGUUGUCCUUACCAGUGCGGCUAUGAUGGAUGAUGUCGUCGGCCUGGUCAUGGUGCAGGUCAUCUCCAACCUAGGCGGUGACAACUUCAGCUGGGUCACGGUCGUUCGCCCGGUGCUUGUUUCGGUUGCUUUUGCUGUCGUUGCUCCUAUUGUUUGCCUUUUCGUCGCUAAGCCCCUGACCGUGUGGCUGAAUACGUACCGCGAAGCUCACCCAGGCGCACGGCUAAAUGCUCUCCUACAGCGUACACAAACGGCUUUCACAGUCCACACGCUAAUUCUCAUUGGUCUCGUCGCGGGGGCUACAUAUGCAGGCACGUCGAAUCUGUUUGCUGCGUACAUUGCAGGAGCUAGCAUCAGCUGGUGGGAUUCUGACGUACCUCACCCUGCCAGUACUUUGGCCACAACCCCAGUGGCUGAAAAGAGCCCAGCAGCUUCUGGGUCAGUUCUUGAAAGCUCUGAAAGCACAUCUCCAGAUGCCUCCAAGACUCAAAGCGAGCAAAACCAGGGCGCGCUUUCAUCCCAACCCACCAAGAUCGAGAAGGAAGAGCACGUGGACGCAACAGGUGGUGCAGCCAUCUACCACCACUACUACCACCCUGCAGUGUCCAAGAUUCUGCAGCCUUUCUUCUUCGCAUCCAUUGGCUUUUCUAUACCAACCACGCGCAUGUUUAGAGGUGCGAUAGUCUGGCGAGGUAUUGUUUAUGCCGUCCUUAUGGCAUUUGCCAAGGUGGUGUGUGGUCUUUGGCUUGUCCGUUUCUCGGUCUCUACGGGUAAAAGAUCUCCUAGCAAGAUCCUGAGCAAGGUGCGCCUGCCGUCGGUGCCUCACUUGUGGGCCGCACCACCACACACAGAAGCUACCCCCACACAGACACGCCCAGCAGCUUCGUCAGCUGGCACCGAAAGCGAGGCGCGCUCUUCACCCAACCCACCAAAGCCCUUCUCGCUACACCCGCCGCUUAUUCUCGCCUUUGCCAUGUGCGCCCGCGGAGAGAUUGGUUUCUUAAUUUCCGGCGUCGCUGAAUCUCAAGGAGUGUUCGGGGAAACUUCUGGUGAGCCAACCGACAUCUUUCUCGUCGUGACAUGGGCCAUCGUUCUGUGUACUAUCCUCGGCCCUCUGGCUGUUGGGUUAUCUGUUCGCAGGGUGAAGGAACUCCAAGCGCGUAAGAAGAAACAGCACGAGGGCGCCGAAAGAGACGUCUUGGGCGUUUGGGGGGUAGAGUAGGUUAAUCUCCGGUGGGAACCAAAGCUGCUAAAGUGUGGUCGCUGCGCAGUCCGGGCAGACUGGUUGCGGUUGAGCUCGAGGUUGUGCACAUCCGCCCCCUGUGGUUAUGACGUGCAUGGUUGGGUGUCUGGACAGGGAUGGUGGCUGUAUUGGUGGGGUCAGAGGCGGGCACCAUGCAAAAUACGGUUGAAACAUGUUGAUUUGUACUUGGUGUAUCGAGCGCCGUUGGAAGUGAAACAAUAUGGCAAGAGAUAUAGUGUAAGCGAUCGCCACACCUUCCUAGAUUUACGUGGCGAUGUAUGGGUCGGAAGGGAAGGGAAGUGGGAACGGUAGCAAUAAAAACAGACUGCAAUGACACUUUGACACAACGUGGGUUCCCAUAGUUUGGUAGAGCACCCUUCUUUUGAACAAGCAGCCAAGCAGCCGAACAGGUAGCGAGCGGCACGAAAUCUA